UAGGAGCAAUCUUGACAUAAAUAAAUCUGUAGGAAAUAUCUAUAAUAGUUACAAACUAUCGGGAAUAUAUGUAAUUAUUCUAAACAACGAGAAAUUGUAUACACGUAAAUACAAAUUGUCGGGAGACACUCGAGUACGAAAGAAGUUUUGUUUAUUUUUCGACCUUAUUUGUAAAUCUCUUGUCAUGGCAUGGACUGAUACAAGACAAAACAUUCCUAAUCUGUCUAGGAAUCAUUAAGCAAGAAACUAAUUUUUUAGUGUAUAUAGAUCGCAAACCUAUUGUUUGGCUUUAUCGGGUUAAGAGUUAAAGAAGACGACCCAUAGUUUUGGAUCCGAUAUAUUAGUAAGUUUUGACCCGGUUAUUUUCGGGUCGGGCUAAUUAGGAAAAGAGGAGGAACCAAACGAUGACGUGUAAAACUGUGACUGGCGAACAGCAACUACUCUUCCUUGGUACUCUCCGGAUUCCUUUCGUUCUCGAUCGGAAAAAAUCAUCUCUUUUUUGGUUCGCCGAAGUCAAAAAUAAGGAUUUUCUCGGUACUAUUCCAAAGAUUUGUCUUUUGUGUGUUUCUUCACUUUCUUAUGAAUGUGUAAACCUUACUCAUUCAUUCCCGUGAUCCUAAAGAGCAGCAGCUUUGGGAUUUCGCUAGAAGAAUUGGGAAAUUUUUAGGUGACGACUCAUUACUUUUAAGAUUGUAAAUGCAGGUCCUUUCUUUCUAGGGUUUAUCGAAAUUGGUUUGAGAUUUUCUUUUGGGGAAAUUGCAAUUCCUUAGUCGACGUGACUCGUGAUCCAGAGUGUGUUUUAAGUGAAGAAGGCAUUUUCGAAAACCGGAGACUUUUAGGUCAAUGUCGGCUCCACCGCGAGUUCGGUCUGUGGAUUCAUCCGACCGAGAAUUCAGAUCAGUUCUUGGUCCCGCCGGUAAUAAGCUGCAGCAGAAACCGUUGAAGAAGCCGGUGGCUGAUAAAACCAAAAACCUAACCUUUACGAAGAAUAUGCCGCAAUGCUCGCCUCUAAGCCCUUCAAUUCUGAGACGAAACGGUAUCUCGAUGACCGCUUCGUAUUCUUCAGAUGCGUCAUCUUCGUGCGAGUCGUCGCCGUUAAGUGUGGCGUCGACUUCGAGCGGGAAGAGGGCUUUGCGGCGAAGUGGGUCACUUUCUUCUUCCUCUUCCCUGAGAAGAAAUCUGACGGAGGAGAGAGAUGAGAAGGCUAGUGAUUGCUUCUCUGACGGUCGUAAAAGAUGCGCUUGGAUCACGCCUAAAUCUGACCAAUGUUACAUUGCUUUCCAUGAUACUGAAUGGGGAGUUCCUGUCCAUGACGACAAGAGACUAUUCGAGUUGUUAAGCUUGUCUGGUGCCCUUGCUGAACUAUCUUGGAAAGACAUUCUUUCCAAAAGACAAUUAUUCAGGGAAGUUUUCAUGGACUUUGAUCCAAUUGCAAUAUCUGAACUAACUAAUAAAAAGAUAACAUCCUCUGAGAUUGCUACCACUACGUUACUAUCAGAGCAAAAGUUACGGUCAAUCCUCGAGAAUGCUAACCAAGUUUGCAAGUUAAUAGUUGAAUUUGGAUCAUUUGACAAGUACAUUUGGAACUUCGUUAACCAGAAACCUACUCAAAGCCAAUUCCGGUACCCACGCCAAGUCCCUGUGAAGACUUCCAAAGCCGAGUUGAUAAGCAAAGAUCUAGUACGCAGAGGCUUUCGCAGUGUCAGUCCAACGGUUAUUUACUCAUUCAUGCAAACAGCUGGUCUCACAAACGACCAUCUCACUUGCUGCUUCAGACACCAUGACUGCAUGACAAAGGACGAGACUGGUAAUUAAAGAAAAACCAAGAGAGAAUAGUUUAACACUGUGCUGCUUAGGAUGAUGGUUUGGUGUUGUACUGUGUUUGUAUUUGUACAGAUGUUCUUGUUGUCAAACCAAAAAGAUUUUCUAAGCCGGAAUGUAUUGGAGAUUGUAUGAAAACGAUUACAUUUUACAUUUUCAGUAUCACAAUGGAUUAUAAUGUA